GUUUAAUGAUAAAACUAUGAUGAACAUAUAAAUUUUUCCGUUUCACAAUUUAUCAUUAUCAGAUUUUUCUUAGAUAUUCAACAUGGUGGGAAAAACGUUAAUAUUCUGUGGGCUUAUAGCCGUUGCCUCCGCAGCGGUGAAGCUCCAAGAAGUAUAUUCCUGGAAUGUAAUGGACUGGAAUUAUCCCGACCAGUACCUAAAACAACAGGCCCUCCAGACUGGUGCUCUGAUCAGGCAAAACGCUUUACCUGUUGGAAUUGAGCGAUGGAGGAAUAAGCUGUUCGUGAGCGUUCCAAGAUGGCGUCCAGGUAUACCAGCCACGCUAAACUACAUUCCUCUGGAUGCACCAUACGAAACUUCUCCGAAGCUCACGCCCUAUCCCAGCUUCAAAGGCAACGAAUUGGGCAACUGCGAAACUGGUCUUACAACAGUUUACAGAAUCAAGGCUGAUAAAUGUGACCGUCUAUGGGUUUUGGAUGUAGGCACGUACGGAUACGAUCCUAAUGUAACAAACGUUUGCCCAUAUGCUAUAAACGUAUACGAUUUAAACACUGAUCGGCGUAUUAGAAGAUAUGUGUUCAGACCCGAAGACAUCGUAUCCACUACAUUCAUCGCGAAUAUCGCUCUAGAUGAAGGCCUUACUUGUGACGAUACUUUUGCUUACUUCUCCGAUGAACUUGGCUAUGGCCUUAUAGCUUACUCGUGGGAACAAAACAAGUCAUGGAGAUUCAGCCACAGCUAUUUCAUGCCGGACCCACUUGUCGGAGACUUUAACAUAGCUGGUCUUAACUUCCAAUGGGGUGCAGAAGGCAUAUUCGGUAUAAGUGCUUCUAAUAUGGGCGUUGAUGGAUUCAGGACACUCUAUUUUAGUCCUUUAUCAAGUAAUACAGAAUUCUCUGUAUCAACUCGAAUAUUAAGAGACGAGACUAAAGUAACUGGAUCUUACAAAGACUUUAAAGUAGUAGGUAGUCGUGGACGUGAUACGCACACUACUUCUAAAGUAAUGGAUGUCACUGGUGUCCAACUUUUUAAUCUAAUUGACCAAAAUGCUAUUGGAUGUUGGAGUACGAAUUUCGCACUUAAACCACAAAAUAUAGCCAUAGUAGAUAAAGAUGAUGUCGGUCUAGUUUUUCCUUGUGAUAUUAAAAUCGAUGACGGCAGAAAUGUAUGGGUACUUUCUGAUCGAAUGCCUGUGUUUCUUGAAUCAGAAUUAAAUUAUGGAGAUAUCAAUUUCAGGAUAUAUAUCGGUUCUGUAGAUAAGCUAAUUCAAGGAACCGUAUGUGAAACAUCACCACCUACAAUACAGCCAACCCGCGGGCCGCUACUUUCGCGACCUAACUUGUUUAAUGCCGGAGGAUACGAAUCUGUUUCACAAGUUCCGCCCAGAAUAUUUCUGCAAAGCACAUCUACUAGAACAAUGCAGCCAAAUUUUAAUCCCCAGUUUAUAUCUUCCGUUACAUCUCCAAAUGCUAUCUCAAAGCUUUACAAUCCAUUAUUAAAUACAAAACAAACUUCAAAGCAAUUCACUGCUUCGCCUUUACCUUCAGAUAUCACCAACAAUAACCCGUGGUGGUUAAAAAACAACGGAGACUACCAGGUAAUGGAAAACCUGUAAAAAACGAAUUUAGAAGAUAUACCCGAAAUAUGUAAUAUAAAAUAAUGUAAAUGUUUUUAUAGUACGUAAUAUCCUCAACAAGGAAUUUUUUGAUGUGGUUCAUACGCUAUACAUAUUGAUAGCACUCAUGUAACUGCAUCAAUACAAUGUACCUACCAAUUUAGAAUAAGGUGUGAUGAAUUGUGCUUAUUUUAUUUAUGUUUAGACUCUUAUUAUAGUAUUUGAUUGUAUGUUAAAUUUACAGUUAUGGAUCUGAAAUGUUUUGCUUUUAUUUAGUUAAGUAAAGAUUUUUAUUCUUGAUUCUUCACGUGUACCAUAGUUUCAUAGAUUAAAGAACGUCCCUUAUGUGUAUAUGAUGGAAAAAAUCUGCGAUUUUUACCUCUUGUCUGUCUAGCUUGCUAAAGAAUUUUAGACUAUAAAGUUAUGCAUGAUGUAUAAAAGGUAACUCACUAUGAUUUUAUACUACUGUUGUACCUUGAUAAAAAUUAUCCUACCUGAGUAUUAAAAUAUUUCUCAUUUU